AUUAAAUAUCUCAACCGUAUUCAUCCAGUAUAACUGAAAUGUUAUCCUCUUUCACCAUCUCCCCAUUUUAUCCUGAACAAUCCCCAGCCCCUGGAAAAUGCUUUGGUAGUCUUUGCUUCUAUAACUUUGACUAUUUUAGAUUCCAUUUAUAAGAUCAUACAGCAUUUGUACUAUGUUUGGCUUAUUUCACUUAAUAUAAUACCCAGCAGGUCCAUACACAUCAUUGCAGAUUGCAGAUUUUCCUUUUCAUGGAUGAAUAAUCUUCCUUUGUGUAUAUACAUAGAACUGUCACUUGUUUUUUUAUAAUAACCAUUCUAACGGGUAUGUAAUAGAUCUCAUUAUGGUUUUGGUUUGCAUUUCCCUGGUGAUUAAUGAUACUGAGUAUUUUUUCAGGUAUCUGUUGGUCAUUUGUGUGUUGUGAAAAAGAUCUAUUUAUUUCCUUACAAUUUUUUAUUGUACUACUUUUCUCUGGUUACUCAUUUGUAUGUGUUCCUAUGUAUUUUAGAUAUGAACUCCUUAUCUGAUGUAUGAUUUACAAAUAUUUUUGUUCAAUUUUAUAGGUUACCUUUUCAUUUGGUUGAUUGCUUCCUUUCCUGUGCAGAAACUCUUUAGUUUCAUGCAGUCCCUCCAUGUCUACAUUUGCUUUAGUCACCUAAGCUCUUGGAGUCGAUUCCAAAAUCAUUGUCAAGAGUGAUGUCAAGAAACUUUUUUCUGAGACAAGAAGUGGCUAUGGAGCAUUGAAGGUUAAGCUGGCCUCCAUGGUUUCAGUCUUUCUGGUUUAAACCUGAGGAUCUCAGACCACAUUCCAACACAUAUGAAAGCAGAGGGUCACUGCAGACAUUGAAAUCUUACUGUGCCUCCUACAGUGGAGCUGAUUGUUUCUGAUCCCUCCGUGACAAAGGACAGGAGAGAGUGGCCCUUUCAGCAUUUUCAGGUCGUCCUGACUAACUGUGCUGGAAGCAGAUAAAUGACCUGUGGUGACACUUAUAAGACACAUUCUUAUAAUUCAUAUAUAACUUCCCAACAUCAGGUCACCUGAGAAAAUCCAGAACAGGACAAGGAACAGGACAAUAUGGCUGCUUCACAGGGACCAUUGACUUUCCUGGAUGUGGCUGUAUAUUUCACUCAGGAGGAGUGGGAUUGCUUGUAUCCUGUUCAGCAGAUGUUGUAUGUGGAUGUGAUGUUGGAAAACUACAGGAACAUGGUCUCCUUGGGUCUUGCUGUCUCUAAGCCAUUUCUGGUCCAAUUUUUGGAGCAGAUAGAGGAGCACUGGGAUGUGAAGGGAAACAAAACAAUAUCUCUCCCCCCAGGUAUGUCAUCUGAAGAAAAUCAAACCUUAUUGCAAAAGCCAGGAAUAGAAGAUUUGUUCUCUAAAGUACUACUGAGUACUUGUAAUGGAGACAGAAGUUAUGAAUACAAUGGACACUGGAAAACCUUACACCAAGAGUCAAAUACUAAGAGACAUCAGAGAACUCAGCUUCCAGGGAACCAUUAUGAAGGUGGAAAAGUAUUUGACCAAAUUUCAAAUCGCAGAAAAUACCAGGUUAAUCAAAAUAUGGAGAAUACAAACCAAAAAAGUAAAUGUAUCAACUUAUUUCAGCUAUCUUCAAAUCAUAUUGAAAAAGAGAACAAUUAUACUUGGGACGAAACUUACAAAUGUAAUCUGAGGGGUACAGUUGUCCGUCAAAUGUUCAAUUUCAAUACACAUAAGACAAGACAUACUGGAGGAAAAUCUUACAAAUGUAAAGAAUGUGGUAAGUCAUUUUAUUGGCCUUCAGGUCUUAUGAAACAUCAGAUAAUUCAUACUGGGCAGAAGCCUUACAAAUGUAAAGCAUGUGGCAAAGCCUUUAAAUCGCAUUCACAUCUUUCUAUACAUGAAAGAAUUCAUACUGGAGGGAAGCCUUAUAAAUGUAGAGAAUGUGACAAAGCCUUUAACCAGGCCUCAACUCUUGCUAAACAUGAAAGAAUUCAUACUGGAGAGAAGCCUUAUAAGUGUAGAGAAUGUGGAAAAGCCUUUAACCAGUCCUCAAAUCUUGCUAACCAUCAGAUAAUUCAUACUGGAGAGAAGCCUUAUAAGUGUAGAGAAUGUGGAAAAGCCUUUAACCUGUCCUCAACUCUUGCUAAACAUCAGAGAAUGCAUACUGGAGAGAAGCCUUAUAAGUGUAGAGAAUGUGGAAAAGCCUUCAACUGGUCUUCAACUCUUGCUAACCAUCAGAGAAUGCAUACUGGAGAGAAGCCUUAUCAGUGUAGAGAUUGUGGAAAAGCCUUUUUCCAGUCCUCAAGUCUUGCUAACCAUCAUAGAAUUCAUACUGGAGAGAACUCUUAUCAGUGUAGAGAAUGUGGCAAAUCCUUUAAGUGGUCCUCAAGUCUUGUUAACCAUCAGAGAAUUCAUACUGGAAAGAAGUCUUAUCAGUGUAGAGAAUGUGGCAAAGCCUUUAAGUGGUCCUCAAGUCUUGCUAACCAUAAGAGAAUUCAUACUGGGGAGAAGCCUUAUAAAUGUAGAGAAUGUGGCAAAGACUUUACCCGGUCCUCAAACCUUAGUGAACAUCAUAGAAUUCAUUCUGGAGAGAAGCCGUAUACAUGUAGAGAAUGUGGCAAAUCCUAUAACCGGUCCUCAUCUCUUGCUAUCCAUCAUAGAAUUCAUACUGGAGAGAAGCCUUAUAAAUGUAGAGAAUGUGGGAAAGCCUUUACCCGGUCCUCAUACCUUACUGAACAUCAUAAAACUCAUACUGGAGAGAAGCCGUAUACAUGUAGAGAAUGUGGCAAAGCCUUUAACCGGUCCUCAUCUCUUGCUAUCCAUCAUAGAAUUCAUACUGGAGAGAAGCUUUAUAAAUGUAGAGAAUGUGGAAAAGCCUUUAACUGGUCCUCAACUCUUGCUAACCAUCAGAGAAUUCAUACUGGAGAGAAGCCUUAUAAGUGUAGAGAAUGUGGAAAAGCAUUUAACUCGUCCUCAACUCUUGCUAAACAUCAGAGAAUUCAUUCUGGAGAGAAGCCUUAUCAGUGUACAGAAUGUGGCAAAGCCUUUAACCGGUCCUCAACUCUUGCUAAGCAUCAUACAAUUCAUACUGCAGAGAAUCCUUACAAAUAUACAGAAUGUGGCAAAUCCUUUAACAAAUCCUCAGCCCUUAUUAAACAUUGGAGUAUUCAUACUGGGGAGAAACUAUAAAAAUGUAGGUAAUGUGACAACUCCUUUACUCAGUCCUUAAAACUUACUGGGCACUAGAGAAUUCAUCCUGGAGAGAAGUCUUAUGAAUGUAGGAAAUGUGACAAAGUCUUUAAUCAGUGAUAAAUUUUUAUUUAAUAUAAGAAAAUUCAUACUGUGUGGUAAAGUCUUUUACCAGCACUCAAAACUUACUCAAUAUCAGAAAUAUAAAAUAAAUAAAAAAUCUACAGAUAAGUUUUAAGAAUGUUAGAAAUGGAGCAAAUUCUCAAAACACCAUUCAUGUCUUACUGUACAUGAGAGAAUUCAUUUUAGAGAGAUACUUGAUUGAUGUAAUAAGUGUGAUAAAAACUGAUUGGCACUGGAAUUUUACUAGACAACAGAUAAUUCAUUUUCAAAAGAAUCCUUACAAAUGUGAAUGUGGCAAACCUUUCAUCACUCCCUAAAGCUUAUGUAUCAUCAGGUUAUUCAUAGUGGAGAGAAACCUAAAAGAUGUAAAGGAGUUUGGAAAAAUCUUGACAUUCAAGUUUUCUAAGAAUCAAUUAAAUCAAUCUAAAUAGAAGUGUUUCAAAUGUUAAGAAUGUGGCGAAACUUUUCGUGAUCAUUGGUGUCUUAUGGUCAUGAGACAAAUCAUAAUGGAGAGAAGCCCUACAUAUUUAGAGCAUGUGGCAAAUCCUUUAAAUGACAUUCAUAGUUUAUUGUACAUAAGAGAAGAAUUUAUAAUAGGAAGAAAACUUGCAAAGAAUGUAGCAAAGAUUUUGUGAGCAUGCAGAACAUACUCAAAACCAGAGAAUUCCUGCUGUAGUUAAUCUUUACGCAUGUGCAAAAUGUUAUAAUGCCUUUCAGUGCCAUUCAUGUCUUACCAUACAUGAAAGAAGCAUUCAUUCUUGAGAGAAACCUUAUUAAUAUAGUAUAUGUGCAAGGGCCUUUAUUCAGCAGUGGUGUCUUAGCCAACAUGAAGGAGUUCAUACUGGACAGAAUUGUUACAAAUGUAGAAAUUGUUGCAUAGCCUUUAACCUGUGCUUGAUACUUAAUAUUGGGGAAUUCAUGCUGGAAAGAAACAGUAAAAAUGUGAAGGCUUUGGUAAAACCUUUAACCAUUAUUCCAGUCUGAUUCAACAUUAAAGAAUUUAUACUAAAGAGUAGCCUUAAGAGUGUACAAAGUGUGGCAGUCUUUAAUCCUUAUUUAUACCUUACUCAGCAUCUGAUAAUUUAUAUCGGAGAGAAAUCUAACAAAUACAAAACGUGUGGCAAAACUCUCCCCAGUAUGCAAACCUUACUCAAAAUCAGAAUUUAUUCUAAAGAGAAACAGUACAAAUAUUUAGAAUGUGGAAAACUGCUCUUUCACCCUUCACAGCUUAUUCGACUUGUGAGAAUUCGUAGUGAAGCAAAACCUUAAAAAGGAAGAUUUAGGAAACCUUAUAGCUGGAUCUAUACCUUCACUGUCUGUCAGGGGGUGCACCCUGGGACAGAACACUACAUUCAUAGUAAAGGAUGAAAACCUUUGUCCACAAUAUACAAUCACUAAACCCAAAUAAUUUAUGCAUGAAAUUAACUUUAAAGAUGUAAAAAAUUUAGGAAAGUACAUCAUUGAAAAUGAAUUUUAAAAUAGAGAAUACACAGUUGAAUGUUAAUAAAUAAUGGUUUUCUGGUAUUACUCUAAGACCACUUACUACAGAGAUUUUUCCAAAGUUUAAAAACUAAAAAAUUACUUGUUAGUGUGCUUUAAAUAUGAAUGGAAUGGAUGUUUGGAUAUGUGUAAUUACUUAGCGUGUAUCUUAUUUUAGGUUGAUAGUAUUUGUUAUUCUGUGAGAAGGAAAUAUUAAUGUGAUUCCACUCUCAUAUUACCUACUUCUGCUGUUUUUUUAUUUCCUGGUGUAUGUGUGAAGUCAUGGGGUUGAUUCUUGACGUUUUAAUGAUGUGUGUGCUCUGGUCUGUAAGGUGCAUUUCACUCAUAUCUACUUUUCCAUUAUAGAUCAAGGACAUUGUAAUUCACAAUGUAUGAAGAAAAUCUAAAUGGAGAUGCCAUUUGUGGUUGACUUAGAGCUUUGUUGUAUGGCACACUAUGCAGGGUAUAUUUUAUUGCAUUGAUGUAAGACAGGGACAUUAGGUAUUUUAACUAGUUUUUCAAAAUACUCUAAGGAAAAUAUGAUUUCAGUUCAUUAAAAUUCUGAUGUGUCUUCACAGUAGUCAUAGAUAGAAACAAUGAGCAUUACUUCAUUUGGUUAGAACAAAAAAGCGAUAGGGUAUAUGUGAGAAAGUAUAAACAACUCAUCCCAAAAUGCAUAAUGUAAUUGUAUAUCUAUAUUUGCUAAAUAAGUAGCCUCUAUUUUAAAAAAAGAAGAAAUCCCAGCAAUGAGGUCAUUAAAUUCGAAGUAGAGAAACACUUUUUAUUUAAAUGUAAUGUGUAUUUUUACAAAUGGUCACAUGAUUGUUUGGUCACGUUUGUUUAGUCUUUAUGUGAACUUAUUUUCACCAAUAAAGCAUAAUGAAUUUUUUAAAAAGAA